AUGGCGCGCACUGCUCCGGCCACCGUCAAGCAUCCUCUUCGCCCUUCUCUCUGUUCCAUCGGCAUUCCUGAUGGGCGAGAUGUUUUGGCCGUGUACAUCUGGUGGCUGAACCAACAACAGCUACGUGCGUUUGUCGCGUCGCAUGUGCCGUCGGAGAUCGCUUCGUCAGUGCGAUCUAUCCAUGGCGAAGACGAAGAGUGGCGCGAGACUGCGCCCUCAUCCUUCGAAAGAAUAGCGUUCGACACGCGAUCGACGGCUUUUGAUUUAUGCCAAGCGCAUCCUUUUGUUAAGAUGUGCACACCGGGUGGACGUACAGCCAUCACGCAGCAAACCCGCCCGUCAUGGAAACAGUUUCUCAGCACAGUCGACGACCGCGUGCUAGAGAGCGGCUCCGUUCCUUUCCGUCUUCUUGAUUCGGCAAUAAAAUGGGCAUUUGACGCGCACUGGCGGAAUUUCAAGAACUUUAUCCACGACGUCGUCAAUAAACAUUUCGCUAUCGAGCUUGUGGUGUUUUUUGUAGUACUACCGCCAUUGGCACUGUUGCUCUAUACUGUGGGCGUAGUCGUUGUUGCUUGGGAGGAAGUCGUGGUGGCGGCUAAGUUGGUGAGGCGGUGGGCAAGCGAACCACGGAGACAUCUAUUGAGCGAGAAGACGAUUGCGAAGAGACGGCAAAUGAAGGCAAGAAGAGAUGAAGUGAAGGCCCUGCCGAAGAUGAGGCCGAGGGCACUUACGCUACACUCGGAUGGUGGUUCGCCUGUCUUUGAGGAAGAGUUGCACACUCUUGGCCGCAGCCGCGUGAAGCAGAAGACUGUGGAUCAGCUUGGAACUUGCGACCUCUGGAAGAUCCCUUUUGAGGUUCGUGAGGCUAUAUUCAGAUAUGCAGUUGGUGGCAACCACGUGCACAUUGUGAAGAGGAGGCAAAGGUGGGGAAGUGUCUACUGUCCUGCCAAGGACCCGACGGACCCGGUGCACAGAGACUUUUGCACAAGAAGAGACAAGGACGGGUACCAUGUUAUGAGUGCUUGGCCAAAGGACACGAGACCAUUGGCGUUGUUGGUGAGCUGUCGGCAAAUAUACUCAGAAUGCAUCGAUUUUCUAUAUUCGCAGAACACGUUCGCAUUCGAUGAUCUCGACUUGUUGCCUGACUUCCUGGGCUCACUGCUUCCUUCCAGGGCCCGUCUCGUUACAUCCUUCCAUCUGGCUCCUGUGUUCGCGCGCGAUUGGGCUGGUUCCAAUCACAGAGAUUACUUCAUCACAAAGCAGCCACCCAUAGCAUCGGUUCAAAGCUUGAAUCGGUUCCUCGACGUCCUCGAGCAACAUCCUACAAUCCGAUCCCUCUCGAUCACCCCGAAGCCUCGACUGGACUUCAUAGCCACGUGUGACAACCUCGAUGUCGCCAGACACAUUCUCAAAUUUACGAAUACGCUCAAUCUCGUGAAAACAACUAAGCCAAUUACACUCGCCUGGCCCGAGGAACCAAUACCGUCCGUUUGGUACACGUCCACGCACAUGUCGAUCCCGCCCGGCUACUGGGGACGAGAGAAGUACCUGCCCGACGAGGACUCUCGCAAAAUCAAACUCAGAGAGAUGCCUUGGCAAUCUCCGACCGUCCUCAUGGCGUUCCUCAUCCCUUUCGAUGUCCAAUGUCUCCACUGCGCAUCCCCCACCAUAAUCCGUCGCGCUACAAGAGGUUUCGCCGAAGCCUCAUUUUUACCACUUUCCUUGUCCCCCAGUCCACCUGAAAAUGCCACGCUAUCCUGUGUGCUCAUGCGCUACUGGACAUACCACGUUUUUUGUGGUGGGUGGAUCGAGUUCCAAUAUCACGGCGAGCGUGAGGAAUGGAGCGUGUCGCAGGGUGCGCAAACAAUCUCAAAGGCGGAGGCGGACAGACACCUUGCGGGGAAAGAGGGGUUGGAGAGGCGGUAUCCACCACUGGACAAUCCGCAUGAGAGACUAAGGGGAAUCACCGUGAGGGAUAUGAUAAGGCAGACGUCGCAGGACCAGUGGUCUUCGAGGCGGUGGGGGACGAGUAGGGUCAUUGAUGAGCCGAUGCGAGACGCAUAUUAUCAAAAUGUUGGAUGGGGGACUCCUCGGGCACAAGUGUGGAAGCGAGGUGAACCGAUGAUGUCAUGA